AUGGCCGGGAGGAGGGACUCCUCCGUGUGGAAGUACUGCUGGGGAGUGUUGAUGGUUUUAUGCAGAAGUGCGAUCUCCAGAUCGAUAGUUUUAGAGCCCAUCUAUUGGAAUUCCUCGAACUCCAAAUUUCUACCUGGACAAGGACUGGUACUAUACCCACAGAUAGGAGACAAAUUGGAUAUUAUUUGCCCCAAAAUGGACUCUAAAACUAUUGGCCAGUAUGAAUAUUAUAAAGUUUAUAUGGUUGAUAAAGACCAAGCAGACAGAUGCACUAUUAAAAAGGAAAAUACCCCUCUUCUCAACUGUGCCAGACCAGACCAAGAUGUAAAAUUCACUAUCAAGUUUCAAGAAUUCAGCCCUAACCUUUGGGGUCUAGAAUUUCAGAAGAACAAAGAUUAUUACAUUAUAUCUACAUCAAAUGGGUCUUUGGAGGGCCUGGAUAACCAGGAGGGAGGGGUGUGCCAGACAAGAGCCAUGAAGAUCCUCAUGAAAGUUGGACAAGAUGCCAGUUCUGCUGGGUCAACCAGGCAUAAUGAUCCAACGAGACGCCCAGACCUAGAAGCUGGUACAAAUGGAAGAAGCUCAACAACAAGUCCCUUUGUCAAACCAAAUCCAGGUUCCAGCACCGACGGCAACAGCGCCGGGCAUUCGGGGAACAACCUCCUCGGUUCCGAAGUGGCCUUAUUCGCGGGGAUCGCGUCAGGAUGCAUCAUCUUCAUCGUCAUCAUCAUCACGCUGGUGGUGCUGCUGCUCAAGUACCGGCGGCGGCACCGCAAGCACUCGCCGCAGCACGCGGCCGCGCUGUCGCUCAGCACGCUGGCCACCCCGAAGCGCGGCGGCGGCGGCAACAACAACGGCUCGGAGCCCAGUGACAUUAUCAUCCCGCUGCGGACUGCGGACAGCGUCUUCUGCCCGCACUACGAGAAGGUCAGCGGGGACUACGGGCACCCCGUGUACAUCGUCCAGGAGAUGCCGCCCCAGAGCCCCGCGAACAUUUACUACAAGGUCUGA